AUGAGGCUCGACGCUACCAGACUCCGUGCUGAUGUCGAUGCGCGCAGUCGACUCGGCUUCUACACAUUGUACAAACAGCAAGCUGUCCUUGUAAUGGAGCCGCAUACUGCUCUGAGCAUCUACGCCGAUUUCGCCGCACAUAAGAACGACACGGAUUAUGAAUACAAUGUCCAGCUAGAUGAUGUCACAUCGCUCGCAAUGGUCACUUUCAUGAUACCAGAUAUCAGUGAUCCUGCAAAGAGGGCUAAACUUCCUCCAAGUCCGCAUAAAAAGAUGGCUGGAUUACUUUUACAGGGCUGUGCUCAAGCUGAAGAUCCUCUAGCCAUUGUGCAUAUCUUGACUGCCGCUCAUCUAGCCAACUUUGGGGAUGCUGCCGCCCAUGAGAUCUUGACGUUGUUUCCACGGCUGGAACUAGGCAAGUACCGCAAUACACUGGACACUCUACGCCCGGAUCCGAAGAAAACAGCCUUGGGCCCUGAAGUGUUGACUCUAAGAGGACUCUUUCUCGAGCAAGAAGGUCGCAAAGACAAGGCCAAAGAGAUGUAUCUGGAAGCGAUCAAAACAGCACCUCUCAAAUUCCAAAGAGGAUCAAGGCAUCCGCUGCAAUUACCUCUCAUGGCACCGUGGAAUGCACUUGGCUACAUGCUGAAAAAUGACAAAGAUCCCAAGUUGCAGGCAGAGGCGAAGACGUAUUUCGAAAAAGGCGCUCUAGAAGGUGAUGAUCCAGUAUCUUACUACGAACUUGCGGCUUUUGAACCCAGACCAAGCGAAAAGUGGCUGAGAUAUACCAGUAGAGCUGCUGGAGCUGGCCACCGACAAGCCAGUAUCGAUCUCGCUGCCUUUUACCAAGAGCUUGCAAAACCAGGUUCAAUUGCUUUGAAAGACGGCAACAUACGGAAGGCGCUCUCUUGGUUGCUAGGGUGGCGACGCGGCAGUACAGCGGAGUUGGCGCGGGAAUGGCUUCAAGUAGCAUCCAACUUUGGUCAUAAACCAUCAAUGUUGCAGCUCGCAGAUUACCACGCAUCGAUUCAUGACCACGAAGGAGCCAUGGAGCAUUUACGUCGCAUGCUUAAACCUCCAAGCACAGCUAAUCAGCGAGAAGAGUGGCCGGAACUCGUACAAGUCGCGAAGAGACGCCUUGCUGGAAUCAGGUGA